GCGGCGAGGGCCCGGGUGGGUGACCGAACUUCUCCCGCCAUGGAGGGCGCAGUGGCCCGGGAGGCCCGGGAGGCCGAGGCCCCGCGCGCGUCUGCGCCCCCGCCCGCGCCCUCGGAGCCCCCGGCUGCGCCCCGCGCCCGCCCGCGCCUGGUCUUCCGCACGCAGCUGGCGCACGGGAGCCCCACGGGUAAGAUCGAGGGCUUCACCAACGUCCGCGAGCUGUACGCCAAGAUCGCCGAGGCCUUCGGGAUCGCGCCCACCGAGAUUUUAUUCUGCACCCUCAACAGCCACAAAGUGGACAUGCAGAAGCUCCUAGGGGGCCAGAUAGGCCUGGAGGAUUUCAUCUUUGCCCACGUGCGAGGCGAGACCAAGGAGGUGGAGGUCACUAAGACAGAGGACGCUCUGGGGUUGACCAUCACGGACAACGGGGCCGGCUACGCCUUCAUCAAGAGAAUCAAGGAAGGCAGUAUCAUCAACCGGAUCGAGGCAGUGUGCGUGGGUGACAGCAUCGAAGCCAUCAACGACCACUCCAUUGUGGGCUGCCGCCACUACGAGGUGGCCAAGAUGCUCCGGGAGCUGCCCAAGUCCCAGCCCUUCACCCUGCGCCUGGUGCAACCCAAGAGGGCCUUCGAUAUGAUUGGCCAGAGAAGUCGGUCCAGCAAAUGUCCCGUAGAGGCGAAAGUGACCAGUGGGAGGGAGACCCUGCGGCUUCGUUCCGGGGGGGCUGCCACAGUGGAGGAGGCGCCCAGUGAGUUUGAGGAAGAGGCAUCCCAGAAGGUUGAUGACCUGCUGGAAAGCUACAUGGGCAUUCGGGACCCCGAGCUGGCGUCCACCAUGGUGGAGACGUCCAAGAAGACAGUGAGCGCCCAGGAGUUUGCACGCUGUUUAGACUCCGUCUUGGGCGAGUUCGCCUUCCCCGACGAAUUUGUGGUGGAGGUGUGGGCCGCCAUCAGCGAGGCCAGGGAGGCCUGUGGCUAGUCUGCCCUGGGGGAGCCCAGCACAGCCCCAGCCUGGAGCCCCGCCCCCUGCCCCAGCCCUGCUCCAGAACCCAGCCC